AGAGCGUUUGUUGGCGUGAGGGGUCGGGGAUGCGAGUCCGGCCUCGGGCUGCCGCCUCGUUUGACCGUGUGGCAGAAGCCUGGGAAGCAGGCGCUCGCCCUGUAGUUGUGUGGCCCCAAACUCUUGAUGCUGUUCCUUCCUGCUUCCCGUCGCUUUCGCAGCCUAUGAGCCAUACGGGGCCUAUUUCGGGGUAUUCUCGAGCUUGGGGCCAGGGUAUUCUAGUGCUGAAGGUGCCGGAGGAGGAGAGCCGGCUUUGGUAGCUAACACCUAGCAUGAAAAGCUAAGAGAAGAGUUCAGAGGCUGGUCCAUCACUUAGCGCCCAGGGAUAUAUUCAUCAGGUGGAACAUGGGUUAGAAGAGUUCUGAGGCCUCCGUCAACUCAGAGAUGGGGGUGGAGUGGAAGAUUGACUUAUUCAGCAAGUCUUUAUUGAGUGUCUGUUACGUACGAAGCCUGUUUCCAGGCACAGAGAAUAUAGCGAAAAUACAAACAUAACACUUGAUAGGAGUGGGGACGUUCAGACCGAAAAAUAAGUAAGGUGUGUGCCAUGUUGGAUAGGGAAAAUUGGAAUGUAGUGAGGAAGGUAGUAGUCAUAUAAUUAUCCAGGGGAAGAGGAUUGAGGUAGAAAGAACAGCAAGUGCAAAGACCCUAAGGUGCUGUAUCCUUGGUAUGUUUAAGAAACAGCAACAGCAAGUAGACCAGAUAGCGCAGACAACAAUAGAUGAUCAUUAACAGUCAGUAUAGGCUAUUGUAAGUGUUCAGGAAAAUCAAUUAGCAAUCUAUAAUAGGAAUAGAAGAGAGUUUUAUUCUAGCCAAAUUGAGGAGUGUAACAUGGAGACAUAAAUUCAGGAAGCACUUGAAGUGUGUUCCACCAGACAACAAAGUGGGAGAACUUUAUAAAGGUAAAAACUGCAAGGUUACAGUUAGUUACAUGAGUUACUUAUCAUGAAUUAUAAUUGGAGCUGGCAAGAAAUAAGGGUGCUUAUUAGUAAGGAUUGGUUAAGGUCUGAAAUGGUUGCAUAGUUAUGUAAGGAGAUCUUGAGACUGUAACAUUGCAGCUGACUGGUGUUACUCUGAAUAUGACUGAUAGUGUCCGUGGGGGUCUGGUACAGUUCAAAGAAAGUUCAAGUUCUCAGUGGUGCAGAGACUUGUCUGAGACCAGAUCUUCAAUGGCCACCCAAUUCCAUUUUUGUUUGCCUGAACUCUUCCUCCAUUUUAAUUUCAAUGGAUCAUUACAGAGAUCUACUUUUUCAAAGACACACAUUUCCUGCUAUGUUGAUAGCACACUGGACUCAGAGGAGUAGCCUUGAGCAAUGGUUCUUAGUACUUCUUUUCCAUAUCUUCCUCAGGGGUUUUGAACACCACUUUGAAAUUAUUACACUGGUUAAGUGUGCUGUAACUGAUUCUUCAUAUUUUUCUACCUCAGCUCUUCUGAUGGAUAUUAACCAUUUCCUCUAUGACUAUGACUUUCUGCUGUAGUAAUAUGUAAGUCAGAGGAGGGAAUAUGUAGAUUUGAAAAAUGAAUUCUGAUACAUCACCAGCACCUUAGAAUCCUUGGUUGGUUGGAUUUGGACUGCUGUUUACCAUAAUUUUUGGCCAGCUCUAAACCUUCCAGGAUGUUUCUAGCACAGGACUUUGCAUAGAGUAGGUGCUUAGUAAAUAUUUGCUAAAAGGAUGGUUUUGAAAAUAAAUGGAAACGUAAUGGGAUAGGUAGGUUUUACCAUCUCUGUCUCACCCUCCACUCAUAGAUGCAUUCCAAAGAACACAGUAAAUGGACUGAUGUCCCUGCAGCAGGGAAUAAUCAUUGCUUGGGGGUGUCAGGGGCCGUGCCUGUCUUCUGAAGAGCGAAUUUGGCUUCCUUCCUACUUAAAGGUUUCCGUGCUUUCAUAUUUCUCUAGAAGACACACAAGCUUUUCUCUGUAGGACUAAGCGCAUGGACUGGAAAUUGGAAGGGAGUGCUGAGGAAACAGAGUCACAGGAGCUGCAGGAGCAUGAACUCGCCCUCGACAGCCCGGGUGAAGAUGGCGUCUCUGAGAGCUUCCGGCUUCUGCAGAUUGAUGUGGGAUGUGAGCAUUGGGAGCAAGAGGCCCUGCCCACAGGCAGUGUGGCUUGGUGCUCGAAAAAUGUCCAAAGAAAGCAGAGACACUGGGAAAAGAUAGUUGCGGCAAAGAAGAGUAAACGAAAACAAGAAAAAGAGAGAAGAAAAGCCAAGCGUGUAGAAAAUUCAGGCAUCUACCCCCAGCACAGCAAACGUUUCCUGAGAUCCCUAAUCAAGGAAAGACUUUUGGAAGCCAAGCACUCAGGCCCAAGACUCUGUAUCGAUUUGAGUAUGACCAACCACAUGUCUAAGAAGGAGUUAAGUAGACUGGCUGGACAGAUCCGAAGGUUGUACGGCUCCAAUAAAAAAGCUGAAAGGCCAUUUUGGAUCUGCCUCACUGGCUUCACCACAGACAGCCCUCUGUAUGAAGAGUGUUUGAGGAUGAAUGAUGGAUUUUCCAGUUAUCUGCUAGACAUAACAGAAGAAGACUGCUUUAGUUUAUUUCCCCUGGAAACCCUUGUGUACCUGACUCCUGACUCAGAACAUGCUCUUGCAAAUGUUGAUGUAGACAAAGUUUACAUCCUUGGUGGACUUGUGGAUGAAAGCAUUCAGAAGAAGGUGACACUUCAGAAGGCCCAAGAACACUCUGUUAAGACUGCCCGCUUACCAAUCCAGGAAUAUAUGGUCAAAUGCCAGAGUGGGAAAAACUAUCAUUCAGAGAUACUGACCAUCAAUCAAGGUACUUCUCACAUGGCCCGCGCUUAGCAUAUGUUAGUCGUGCUCCUGUUUCUGUGCAUUGUGUUUAAGUACAAAUGGCCCUUGAAGCAGCCUCCCGUGACUGAUGUGCUUGGACUUUAUUGUAUGCGCUUUGUGACACGUAUCCUGGGUUUUGCAUUUUCUUCCUUAUUCACAACUGUGUUAAAGACGGUGGAAGUUGUUCCUUUGUCCUAGUAUGCCAUGCCUUCAGCCUGUCACUGAACAGUGAAUUCCUGUUUGUCCUUCAUGAUUCCAUUCAUGGGCGUCUUGGUGGCUCCCUUCCCCUUCCGGGCCUGUCGGGCCCCUCUGUUGUGUUCCUGUUGUACUGUGUUCCUCUCUGCUGCAGCAUUGUCCAUUCACAGGCCUGUAUCUCUCAGUGCAGGCCGAGAUCCUUGUAGGCAAGCAGGGCCUUUGUCUUUGCCUGUCUCCCCAGGACCUGGUACCAUAUGUGGUGGAGUAGACUUGUUGAUUGAAAUAUUCCAGAACACGUUAUUCCUUGUUGCUGCUGCUAAGUCACUUCAGUCGUGUC